AUGUUGGGGCUUUCAUGUUUGGGUUAUUGGCAUAGGAUUCUAUUGUUCAUACUGAUGCGUAUUGCAGGAUGGCAUUUAAGCCAGAAUAAGAUGCAAUUCUUCAAUUUUGCUCAUUUUUCGUGGAAAUGGAUGCAAUCAGGAAAUGUUGCUGAAUGCCGGUUUCAAAAGUCAAAGAAACUAGAUUUGUCGGUGUCAUUAAAUGGGUCUUGGGCUACUUUGGCUGCUGAUGUUACAAAAGUCACCAAGGACUUGGAACGGGACAAAGAAAGCCUGGAGCUUAUGUCUUUAAAUCUGCUUUUACCUUUUACCCCUCAGAGAGGAGCUUCAGUCAGUUAA